AUGAAGAGAGCAAGAGAAGAAGAAGUCGUGGCCGAAGAGGAAAAAGGUGGUGAAGAAGAGGACGACAAAGCCCAGGGUGAUGAAAAAUCGCAGGGGCUGCCUGGGGUGCCUCCCCUCCCCUCUACUACACAUAUUGGGCGGGGAAGGGGCGGCAAGGGACUCGGCAAGUGGCGGAGGGUCGGCGACCCCGCGGCGGUCUCCCAACGACGCCAGGCCAGGCUGGCAGCUGCCGCCGGCCCACCACCUGACUACAACGCUGUCAAGCCGUUCAUGUGGAGCCAGGUGGCCAACAUAGGCGGCGGGGGCCAGAUCGGCCACCUCACCGGCAUCGCGGGCAGCAUCAACUACUGCGACGAGGAGGUCGACGACGAGCUGAUCGAAGAAGGCCAGCAGCUGCUGGGCGAGUUCGAGGCGGUGCCUGAGUGGUUCGAGCACGACGAGACAUCGCGGACGAGACGCGACGAGGUUGAGCACGGAUUCGUUACGUCGUGCGGCCCCCUAGAGGGCCAGCGCAUGGCAGCGGUCGACGGCGGGGCCAAGCUGCGCGUGUUCUACUCCUCGCCCCUGCCUGCCCAGGCGCGAUUCGAGAUCACUUACCUCGCAUUUGACGAUAGUUCCAUCGAGUAUGCCUAUCUGACGUACGCUUUUAUGGUGGACCGACGAGAUCGCGAGUUCGUGUUCGUGGGUGUGAUCGGCGCCCACCCGCACUGUGGGACGGCUCACUUCUCCUACGACAACUCUGAUGGCAGCGGACCCAAUCUCUUCGAAGACGAAGAAGAAGAGGCGGGCGAGGAAGAGGAAGAGGAGGAAGCCGAGGCAGCGGCAAUCGACCCAACAAUGGCGAAGAAGGACCGAGUAGAAGCACCGAGCCCCGAGCAGCGUGUAGCCGCAGGCACCGCGUUCGUAGUGGCGCGGCUCCUCCCGGCCGCGAAGCUGCGCUUCCACGAGUUCUGCCACAACCUGUGGCAUUGA